CUUUAUGCGUUUACCGAAUCGGCAUAAAAACGUAUACAAACAAGAAAACUUACUGUAGUUGUAUUUCCUGCCAUUUUGAUAAUUGAAAAUAUGAACUUAUAAUGUAAAAUUUGUACUGGAAGUAUAUACGUACCUAAAUUAUUUGACCUACAAAUUUUGACAAAUAUAUAAUGAUGCACAAGGUUUUUACAAUACACCUAACAUACUAGGCCUUAUCUAAAAUGUCCGUCACAUCAACAGAAUUGGAGAGUUGGUUGAUUUAUCAGUACAUCGUUUCAGAAUGUAAUCAUUGUCUUUUUAUGAGUGACACUGGAUUUCGUGCACGAGAUAUUGGACUGCGAGCACAAAAAAAAAUCUUGUCUCGUAUGGCAGGCAAACAUGUGGCUAGAGCUCUCAUUGAUGAUGUUACUGCGUCCCUUCUGGACAAUCUAUACUGCCUUGCUAAGCAAUACUCACACAACAAAAAAGAAGCAGAGAAGCUAAUAAAAAAUAUUAUAAAAAUCGUCAUAAAACUUGGAGUGCUUCACCGUAAUGGAGUAUUUUCACAAGAAGAGUUAAAUUAUUCGGAGCAUGUUAAAAACAAACUACACAUGGCUGUGAUGGCCGUUAUAUCAUUUCACGAAGUAGAUUUCAGUUACGACCGUAAUUAUCUCAUAUCAGCCCUAAAUGAAUCUCAUAAGUGCCUUCAAUUUAUCGUUUCUAAACAUUUGACAGAGAAAUCACUAGCAAGAAUUGAUAGCGUAUUUCACUUCUUCACAAAUGAUCAUUUUUUGGAUGCAAUUUUUAAAACAAAUUCGGAGUAUAAAGACGUUGUCAGUAGGAUUGUGUCCGAUUUGAAUAAAGCAAUCGAUAAUGGAGAUCUUUAAAGAGGUAAGUUGAAAUUAAAUUUAAAUUAU